AUCGUAGUAUUAUACAUAAAUAGUAAUAACAAUAAUUUUAUUUUCAUAAAUAUUAACAAUGGCAACAAGUAGUAGAGCUGCUCGCCUUGUAAAAGCUUUAGACAACUUGGUAACGAAGACAUGUUUUGAUUACGGUACAGUUCUCAAGAAAGUAAAAUUGACCACGGUGUCUAAUGGAGCAUUUCAAGGCACUUUCACUGUCGAUAAAUCUAUGUGUAACAUGGGAGGUUCCUUGCAUGGAGGCUACAUUGCAGCCGUGUCCGACGUUUUAUCAUUUUACACGCAACUUAGCAAUGAUGACGCUAAGCUCUCUUUUACUACUGGAAUGAAUAUUAAUUACAUUGGGGUAGCAUUUGAAGGCGAUACAGUCAACGUGGCUACCAAAUCAUUGAAAAAAGGGAACUCAUCGGUGGUAGAAACGUACUUUCAUAACGAAAAAGGAAAAAUUUUAGCUAAAUCAAUCACUUCGUUUUUAGUUGGACCUGAACCGUUGCAAACAAUAACGAAAGACGUUAUAGGUUUUGAUGUGUAUGAAAAUUGAUUUGUAAAAUUGUAUACUAAAUGUAAAAUUACCAUUUUAUAGAAAUUUUGACGAUAGCAACUCUUAAAUUUU